GAGCCGGCUGGGCUGGCCAAGGUGGUCUUUUUCUCCUUAAAUCUAAAAUCGUGACUCACAUCCAAUCUGACGCAAAAUGGUGUUGGCAGAUUCAGUGUUGACAGACAAUCAUCACCACCACAAUCAUUAUGGCGGAUUUUUUCGAAGAAGUGACAGCCAGGAUCAGAUUUUAGUAAAAAAUUUCGUCGAGGGUGAAAUUCUUACUUACAGCCUUGCUCUCCUUCGAGGACGCGCACCGGUUUCCUGCUCUUAUAUCACAGUUCGAGGUCGAAAGAAUACAAAUACAGAAUGGCCAAUAAUAAAUGGCGAAUUUCGAAUUCUCGUAGAAUUAGUACGAGGAACCAACGAAUUAGAAUUGGAAGCUGGUGGAGCCAAAACGAGAUUCACUUUGGUUCAUGAACCUAGAACAACUAGAUUACGAGUCACUCCGGUUUAUGUCAUCUGUUCGGGCCACGAUGGAUACUUCCAGGGACCCAGAGGAGAGGACUGUUCUCCAGAAAGUGCAGCUACAAGAAUCGGUCUAGGAGCUCGUCUUCUGCAAUGCCUAACAGCUGAAAAAUUGAAGGAAGCUGGCCAUGGGAGAAAAACAUUCCAACUAGAAAGAGACCUUGAUGGUCCAGAGUGUCUGGUGAUGCACAGUGCAUUAGAUGUUGAUCGAGCUAGGCAGAUGACACAAAGAGAACUCUGGGAAGUGAUUGGUCGAGAACUGAUGACUGGUCCUCUCGCAUCCAAAGAUCGAAAAUAUUUGGCCUUUCUUUCCUGCACCAGAUAUAGAGGAGCUCCACACCCUAGGACUCAUGAAGACACUUUAGCAAGAACUCAAGGUCAUGCUGCUCUAGGUGGAGGUGGAUUAGCUCUUUUUGGAUCUGCGUGUCUCCAUACUUGGCCCACUUGCAUGGCUCAGGUACUAUCAAGGUUCCUCGAUGCAACAACAAUUGACCCUGAACAUCUCAUGGACGACAGUAACUAUCGAGGAACCCAUGGAGGCUGUUUAGCCACAACCCUAGGUUCCGUUCUCCACGAACUAGGUCACACAUUCGACCUGGGACACACUCGAGAAGGAAUUAUGGGUCGGGGUUUUGACAACGUGGACCGAGUUUUUGUAGGAGCUGCUGGAAUCGAUUCUAAUAGAAAUCCGAUCAGAAGAGACCCUCAGCACACGACUGUAGCCCUCAGUCGUCAACUCAACGUCACAGUUACGAUACAGGAUCAGCCUAGCUUCCUGGCUAGCCCCAGAAGAGGCCGAUUGCACUCUGAAAAUUCGGCAAGACCUUUUGUUUCCCAGUUAUCAGAUCAGGGGAAUUUUUCAACUCCAAUUCCUGGCAGAUUGUCUGCACCAGCGAGUCCAGAAUUGAAUAGAUCUUUUUCGAAGACCCUUCUUCAGGCCAAUUUUGAACCUCUAGGAUGUCUGCCUGAUAGAACAUUCUGGACAACAUCGUGUGCAACUUUGCUGGCUUAUCAUCGAUGGUUUAAUGAUUGCAAUGAGAGGAUUUCUCAUCGAGAUUCUGGUGAGAUCGAAUAUGAUCCGAAAAGAAACUUGGUACGUUCUCGGCAUCGAAUUCGAGUGAUGGAACUGAGAGAAUCUUCUGGAGGAAUGGUGGUAUCAUCUCGACAGUUUCCUGGACCACGUCCACCAUCAGAAGCCCUAGUUCCACCUUCGCCUCACAGCUCAGCAGCUUUAAUUCUUGUUGCUGAAGAUUCUUCCGGAAACGUACUUAAACAUCCACUUCCGACUGCCUUCUAAUGCUAAAUGGAGAAUUUUUUACAGAACGAGAAACUUGGGAGUAAGUUUUCAACACUACCUCAAUCCAUUUUAUUACUGCUAAAGCACACGUGAAUAAUUAUUCACUUUUUAAAUUCAAAACAAUUUUAAACAUGCGUUCUUGAAUCCUAAGUUCCAAAUUUUAAAGAUUACCGAAUACAAAGUCUUCCAUUAGCGAAAAUAUAAAUUCCCCAGCUGAAAAUUCCUGUGCAGGGUCCUCGGAGGAUCCUGGACAUGUUUCUGGAACCUCGGAGUAUCGAGAACAUGUUUCUGGAUCCUCGUAGGAUCCUGAGCAUGUUUCUGGAUCCGCGGAGGACCCUGAACAUGUUUCUGGAUCCUCGUAGGAUCCUGGGCAUGUUUCUUGAUCCUCGGAGGAUCCUGGGCAUGUUUCUUGAUCCUCGGAGGAUUCUGGACAUGUUUCUGGAUCCUCGUAGGAUCCUGGGCAUGUUUCUGGGUGCUCGGAGUAUUCUGAACAUGUUUCUGGAUGUUUGAAGUAUUCUGAA